CACCUCUGCUCUCAACGACACGGAAGGCUGCCAACACCACGUGAACUACUUUCAAGGAUAAAGACUGGUACUACGUCACAAUGUCCAACAUCCCGCGCGCCGGCCAGCCCUCCACCUCCCGCCUCAGCACUCUCCCCUCGCAGAAGCCCCGCCAGCUCUCCCACCUCCACGCGCAACUCGCACAGCUGACGGCGAACGUGUCGGACCUCGAGAACCUGCUGCGGAUGACAGCGGUACAGGCGGAGAGUAUGCGCGGGCUGGGGGGGUAUAUGGGUGGAAUGUUCAUGGCCGCAAGCAAAGUCCUGGGCGAAGAAACCGUGCGCGGAGGAGGGAGCGGAGCGGGCGGCACGAGCGGGAGUAUGGAGGAGCGGAGCAGGAAGGAGGGGAGUCAGGGCGUCUGAAGGCAUGGACACGCGCAAUGGCAUGGGGAUGGGAGUCGGUAUGCGGUUCGAUGAAGAAGAAGCACCUGCGACGGGCCGAACCGCUGCAUGUUGGUUCACAGGCCUCGGGAUGAAUUCGUCAUUCGGAGCCCAGAUGACAUUAUUCCAUUAUGGGAGAACAAAGUUCUGAAAGUGUCCAAGAACGCUUAGCUUGAGAGAUGGCGGAAGACGGCUAUGGUGCUAGCAGUACAGAGAUGGCGCGUGU